AUGAGAUUGUUUACGACUGACGAUUUAUUCUCCUUAUCGAAUAUUAAUCUCGAUAAAUGGACAAAUACCUUUAGCAUGGAUUUCUAUCUCACAUAUAUGUCAAAGUGGCCUGAUCUGUUUUUCACAGAGGGAGCGCCCAAUGGCGAUCUUGUGGGAUUCGGUGUCGGAAAAAUCGAGGGUGACCCGAACCCUGAAAAACUCGACUAUCGCGGACAUGUUUCUGUCCUCACCAUCGCUCCAGAGUAUCGUCGAGCUCGAUUCAGUCUCACGUUCAUGAAGUUCAUUGAGGAUGUUUCAGAGAAAGUAGAUAACGCCUUCUUUGUCGAUUUGUUUGUCAGGAAGGACAAUGAUCUGGCGGUUGCUUUGUACAGAAAGCUACAGUACUCAGUCUAUCGCCACAUCCUGGAAUAUUAUGGAAACCACAACGAUGCCUAUGAUAUGCGUAAAGCCCUUCCUCGAGACACAAAGAAAGCAUCGAUCGUGUCUCCCUACAGCAAGCCCAUCCAUGUUUCCAAGACCUACACCACCCUUUCCCCUGUUUGCAACAAACACCCCAGCUACAAUCCAUAUUAUUAUAUAAUUACAUUCAAUUGCUUUGAUACUCCCCUUCCCAGUCAAAAAUAG